AUGGGAAACUCUUAGCAAAAUCAAUAAUAAAAUGAAUCCUCUGGGAAUGAAGACUGGAAUCUUCUCAAUAUACAGUACAAGCGUCUUGGGAGUGUAAUGGUCAGAGUAGAUUCCUCUUCUCAGCAAUCAUCUUUUAAGGAGAACCCCAGUACAAUGAAGAAAGAGAUUCAUUAAUAACAGUAGCAAUAGUAGCAGUAGUAAAAUCAUAAUGCAAACAGCAGAAUUAAUGCGAAAAGUUGCGGGCCAAUGAUUGAGAAUUAAAUUGGCAAAUCAAGAGAAUAGCUGGAGCGCGAUAAGUCAGGCAACGUUCGCCUGCAAGUAAUAAAGGAAGAGACGAUGGAUAGCCAGUUCUGUCAAACCUCAUAAGUUCCUCUGUAUACAGAAAUAAUUGCCAAUAGAAAACAAAUCAGAGUAUAUGUUGACAAAGAUGUAGAGUUCAAUCUUGAGAUUGCAAAUGAUUAAUUAACUUGCGGAUGGUUACUCUCAGAAGUGACUAGAAGAUACACAGAGGAGCUAAAUAGAAUUAAGAGAGAAAAAGAGUAAAUGAUAAUUGCUCAAGCUACAUCACUUUAGGUUCAUAACAAGGAGGUAAAUAUGCUACAAUAAUUACAGAUACAGGUAUCACACAAUAAGUCUCCAUCUUAGAAAUUUACCAGAAAGUUUAUUGUAGCUCUUAAAACCACGGAUCAGAGAGAAUCAUUAGACUUCUGGCUUACCUAAUAUGAUCGGUAUUGCACAUUUGACCUAAUAUUUGUUUAUAGACCUUUAGAAGUAAUUGAUGACAAGCUUGUAUUAAACAGAAAAAAAGAAGUUUGUAAAAAAGAUUUUGAGCAGAUAAAAGUCAUUGGAAGAGGAGGUUUCUCAAGAGUCAUUCUUGUGAGAAAAAAAGAUACAGGUCGGCUAUAUGCAAUGAAGAUAAUGAAGAAAAACAAGAUCAUCAGAGAAAAGAAACUAAAGCCAAUUUUAAGUGAGAGGAAAAUCCUUGAAAAAUUAAAUCACCCGUUCAUCAUCAAGCUUCAUUGGGCUUUUUAAUCUAAUGAAGAGCUGUUUUUUGUAAUGGAUUUAUGCACUGGUGGUGAAGUAUUUUUUCAUCUCAACAGAUUAAGAAGGUUUAGUGAGGAAGAUAUAAAGCCAGAAAACAUUCUAAUUGACAUUGAUGGUCAUAUUAGGAUUGCAGACUUUGGUCUUUCUAAAGUCAUUCCCAAAAGGACAAAAUCUUAUUCCUUCUGUGGAUCACCAGAAUAUAUGAGCCCAGAAAUGCUUUAAGGAUCUGGUCAUGAUCGUAAAGUUGACAUUUAUUGUCUUGGUGCCUUGCUUUUUGAAAUGCUCACAGGACUACCUCCAUUUUACAACAAAGACACAAAUAAAAUGUAUGAGAGCAUUUUAAAUCAUGAUUUAUCGUUCCCAGACUAUCUUAACCCCUCUCUUAUUAACUUAAUGACAAAUAUGCUGCAAAGAGAUCCCAAUAAAAGAUAUCAAUCUAUUUCAGAAAUAAAAAGACAUUCUUGGCUGAAAGAUGUUAAAUGGGAAGAACUCCUUAACAAAAAAAUUUCACCACUAAUCAUCCCAAAUGUCAAGGAAUGCCACAUAGAUCCUGAUUAUGUUGAAUUGCCCUUAGAUUUCGAGGAAUCCCAAUAUAAAGUGAGGCUUUCAACUGAAAGAAGAUAUAGUUACUAUUAUGAAUCUACUUUACAGUCUAAAUCAGUAACUGAGUAAUCAUUUUACAACAUGUUCUUUGAAAAAAAUGAAAGUGGGUCAGGUGUUGUAAAUCUAUUAGGAGGGCAAGGAUCUAGUGUUAAGAGUGGAGUAGUCUAAAAUGGUUCUACUAAUAAUCCAUACGGCAAUUCAGUAUAAAGUGAGUAAAGUUAGUAGAGCUAGGAAAGUGGCAAUCUGAACUAGAUUGGAGGUAGAUAAAAUAAAAACGUGAUACAAGGACUUGAGAAUUUCACUUUUAUUGAUGUUCCUUAAGAUGAGUUAGAGAUUCAAAAGUAAUUAUAAAAAUACGAGAAAGUAUAUGAGGAAAAGAGAAUGAGAAGCCAGCAAAAGGGUGAAACUAAGGAACAGUAAUCAAGCAACUAAAGCAGCCUAUAAAUGGUCAACUUGUCUCCUUCAGGCGAUAAAAAUAACAAAUGUGGCAAUUAAAAGAAUUUAAAAAAUAGUCUCUCUGAUUAAAAGGGUAAAGCACCAACUGAUGAAGAGGUUAAAUCAAGAUUUAGUUACCCAUAAGACGAGUCAAACAAGGGAUACUUUACUCUAUCUAAUAAAAGUGGAGUAACCUUUGAGGAGUCAAACUAAUCAAUUGCUCAAGAGCUGAGGAUUAAUGAAUCUAUCGCAACAUCAUUUGGUCCCAACGGUCAAGUUAUUGGAACUAAUGUGCCUGGUGGGAGUGCGAUUUAUAACCUUAAGCAGACUAGCUUGCUUUUAAGUGGGAAUAACAGACUUACAAUUUAAGAAGAAGAAGAUGAUGAUCUGUAAAGUAUGGGAGGAUCCUAAUCAAAUUUUAACGGGAUUCAUUAAUAGUAUACAGACAGGUAGAAAGCAGACAACUUCAGCUUCAAGCUUUAGAGUUCAGAAGCUAAAGAAUUUGCAGGUCAUUCUAACUUUACUCCCUCUAAGAUAUUGAACGAUAACUUUGGCAGUUCAACUGGCAAAAAAGAUAAACAAAAUAACAGUGUGAAUAAUUAAUUCUAAGGCUAAACAAUGACCACAGCAACUUAAUCAAGUCAGUAUAAUGCUACUCAGCACAAUAAUUUUGGUAAUAAUGACUUGACUACAUCGUAAUAUACAAUUACUAAUUAUGAAGAGACUCCUAGAAUAAGUAUAGGCACUAAAAAUUCAUAGGCACUUCCAAAUCCGAUGCCCUAAUUUGGGAGGUCAGGUUCUUAAGUACAAAAUCUCGUCAACAAUCAUCUGGGGAAUUAAAAUUAACCUGCUUUUGUAUCCCAAAGAAGUCAUUAGGUUGGACAUAAUCUUAAAAUCUCAACUUAGCCUUCUCAAAAUUUUGAGAUUAUUGAUUCAUUUGGUACUGAAAAAGACCAUAAAGCUCUUCCUGAUAAAACAUUUUCUCCCAAAGCGAGUUCUGGGUUUAAUAGAAAGAAUACGGAUGAUAAGAAUUCCUCAGUGAAAAGAGAAAGAACUGGAUCACUUAAGAAAAAAGGUACUACUAAAACAGCAUUGAAAUAGAAACCAUCCCCUUUGAUAAAAGAAGCUUUGAUGACUUAAAAUAUUAAUGCAGUACAUUAAGAGAUGUCUUUUUCGAGAAUCCCUUCUGUAGGACCCUAACAAUGGUCUUCAAAUCAAGCUAAUGAUAGGCCUAACACAAGCCAAUAGCAAAAAUCUACUCAAAUUCAACCUCAGAUGAAAAAGUUGACUUCUCAUAAGCAUAAGCCAUCUUACUCGCUUUCACCAUCAAAUAUAAUGGCAGCUUAAGCUACCUAUCAGUAGCUUCAGAAAGAGCAGCAACUUCAGCACUAAAGCUCAGUCUAACAACAGCCAACCUAGUAACUGAUAACGUAGUCUUAGAGUAUGGGUAUUACCAAGCAAAGUCCUCAACUAAAGAAACUUCCCAUUAAGGACUAAAAAUCCUCAGCUCUAUCAUCUAACAAGAAUUCAAUAUCUUAAACCAAAAAAAUAAUAACUAAGACUGGUACAAUUUAAACCCCAGCAGCUUCAAACUAAUCUGGUAUGAAGUCAUUUUUAAAAGCUGCAUUGCCUUUAGCCCAGGCCUAAUAGUAACUGCAAUCGUAAGCAAUCUCUUAAUUUCAAUAAAUUGAAGGGAAAACUACAGAGGACACACCAGUUACUAUUUAGGAUACCUCUUAAGAAUUGUAGAUCAGUGUAUAAGUCCAGCAAGAUCCAUAGUAGGCCAAGAAGAGUCAGGCGUAGUAAAGAGCAUAAAAGUUUAGAUCAAUGGAUAUGACCUAGAAUCUAUUGAAAAAAUCGAUGAAUAACAAAGGAUCUGGAGCGAAGAAUAAUAUUGCCUGGAAGUAGCAUAUCCUACAAAUAUAGACUAGCUAGUCUCCUUCGAAAGACCAAAGCAAUCAAUAGCAACAGUAAUUCUCUCAGGCAUAGAAUGAAUUAAAGUCUAACGAUUCCUAAGUUACAGCAGUUAUCAGCAUAAUCAAUAAUAAGCAAAGUGAGCUUGAGCCCAGCGAUUAAAACAUGAAAAUGAUUCCUUAACUUACCUCAGAGUUCCAGAUGAGUGGAAGUUAAUUCAAAACUUAGCCGAUUCAAAAAUCUAUGAAUCUUAAUGCAAUGACUGAUCAUACACCAGAGCGUAGAGAAUCGAAUCUAAGCAUGGACUAGCUAAGCUAGACAGCUCCUCAAUCUUAAUCAUAGUCUGCUUAGUCCAAGCCAUAAUCUUCCUUAACAAACACUUCAAACAAGAGACAGUCAGAUGGCUCGCAAAAGUCCUCUACAAGGACAAACUAUAAUGCGACAACAACUCAGAUGUCACAAUCUUCAAUUCAUGCAACUUAGUAAAACCUAAUGUAGUCAUUUUAAAACACGACUAAUCAAAUUGCCUCGAUAUUAUCUAAUGAUAAGAAUAGCAAUUCCAAUCACAAAACUGCGAACAGUAUAUUCUCAACACCUAAGGGCUCAAAGGUGCCGAGUGCUAUUGCCACUAUCAACAUUGGUAUUUCUCAGACUCAUAUCGGUAAUACUAUGCAGCCUACAAUUAAUACCAAUUCAAUUUUGGGUGGAAUAUCCUCGAAUGGUCAUAACUCUCAAAGAAAUAAUACUAUCACUUAAAGCACUCAUAACAAUUCUGUAAAAGGAUCGGGUUAAAAAAUAAACGUAGUGUCUUAAACUUCUACUAACUCGAUUAAGACUUUUGGAGGAAUCAGUAGAAAUGAUGGAAAUCAAAAGAAAAGCAACACUGCUUAAAAUCUAGUAAGUUCCAAGUUCAAGAAAAUUUGA